AUGUAUCUCAAACUCACCUGCUGGCCUCCUCUUGGCCAGCCAUUGACCGUUUCUCGCCAUGAGCACAGCGUGCAUUUCACCGUCUUGAUGGAGACGAUGAAUUCGAAGGUAGCAGAUCAAGAAGAACCACAGAUCUUUCUCUGGCAUAACCACAACGGCGACUCCGACUGGACGGAGCUGCAGUUCCAUCCAAUCCCCGAACGGACAGACGUGCUCCUCGUCAAUCGAGGCUGGCGUUGGAUCAAAGACAACACCGGCGUCGAAGAUGGCGAACUGCACUAUCAGACUCAUGACUUUACUAAGCAUUCAGCGCAUGAUGUCAAACAUUGGUUCGAUGGGAUGAGUUCGGAGAUCAAGGCGGAGACUGAGAAAGCGGAGACCGAUGACACACUCUUGUACUCCCUCACAUGCCCAGUGAACGCUGCGGAUGGUCAAACUUCCGGAUGGCAGCACCAUCAGCUUGGGUUCCCCAGCAAUUCUUCGAGAUGGUUCUCGCUUGUUCGAUUAUGGUCUCCAUGGUUGGCUCCUCGACAGGGGAAGGGCAAGCUGAGUCUCGACAAAGAUGCUGUCUUACUGUCCUUCCUCCGCUCAGAUGGCCUUCAUGUCGUGGUACUGGGCAUCUCUGGUGUCGACGAUACGAUGACAACGUUUUUUAACGACAGCCACGGGAACGUCGUGAUCAAAGGCAGGAAUGACAGCACGGAGACUGGCACCAGCAGGGUUCUUGUGGCCGUGGCGGACAGCUUUGAGGUUGCCAAUGCCGCAGUGUUCUACCACGCCAGGAAGGUGGUCGGUUCGUAUUCAACUUCUGAGAGCGACAAGGAGAUCUCCACCAUGGUUGAUGAUGUUAAGCCUGAGUGGCUGCAAGAGUGGUACGAUGGACUCACAUACUGCACUUGGAACGGGCUGGGCCAGAACCUUACGGAGAAGAAGAUUCUCGAUGCUCUAGAGGACCUAUCAAGCAACAAUAUCAAUAUCACGAACCUCAUCAUUGACGACAACUGGCAGUCACUCUCGUCCGCCGACUCGCAAUUUCAGCGCGGCUGGUCCGAUUUCGAUGCAAACAAAGAGGGUUUUCCGAGAGGUCUCAAAGCCACAACCACAGAGAUCCGCAGCAAGCACAAAACUAUCAGACACAUUGGCGUAUGGCAUGCCUUGCUCGGGUACUGGGGUGGCAUUGACCCUAGUGGGUGGAUCGCGAAAAACUACAAAACCGCAGUGGUUGAGAAAGAGAAAGGAGUUGCUGAAGGCUCAUUCACAGUGGUCGCAGCCUCUGAUGCGGCUCGCAUGUACGAUGACUUCUACGCGUUCCUCUCAUCUGCAGGCGUCGAUGCUGUCAAGACCGACGCCCAGUUCUUCCUCGACAUGCUGGAGCAUGCCCCGGAUCGCCGCGCCAUGAUGAAAGAGUAUCAGUCCGCCUGGACUACCGCACAUCUCCGUCAUCUCUCCUCGCGGGCCAUCUCGUGCAUGUCGCAAAUACCACAGAUCAUCUUCCACUCACAGCUUCCUAAGAACAAACCUCGCCUCCUUGUCCGCAACUCAGACGAUUUCUUCCCAGAAGUCCCAGCCUCACACCCAUGGCACAUAUUCUGCAACGCUCACAAUGCUUUGUUAGCUCAACAUCUGAACGUAUUGCCCGAUUGGGACAUGUUCCAAACAUCGCAUCCCUGGGCCGGCUUCCACGCAGCGGCUCGUUGCGUUUCUGGAGGUCCUAUUUACUUCACGGAUACCCCUGGUGAGCACGACCUCGACCUCCUGCAGCAGAUUUCAGCCACCACGACACGCGGCAAAACGGUCAUCCUGCGUCCGCACAUUGUUGGCAAAGCCACGACCGCAUACAAUGCAUACUCCGCACAGAACCUGCUCAAAAUUUCGACAUACGUUGGCUUCGCGCGCACCGGCACUGGCAUCCUUGGUGUGUUCAACCUCAGCGAACAAGAGACAUUGAGCGAAUUCAUUCCACUGGACCAAUUUCCCGGCACGGAAGAGGGUGAGUAUGUUCUGGCCAGCUACCGCUCUGGCAAGUUCUCUUCACCCGUGGCCCGAAAGUCGCUCGAAGCGGAGAAGAACGGCGAGAAGAAGCGUGAUCCGCUCAUGGCCAUUGACCUUCCGCCAGCGUCCUGGGACAUCCUCACUGCAUCGCCAGUGAAGACAUUUACUCUGCCUCAUCGUGAUAAGACUCCACUAUCCGUCUCUCUCCUUGGUCUGCGUGGCAAGAUGACUGGCAUUGCCGCUGUGAGUGGCUGCGACAUGUAUGUUGAAGAUGGCAGUGGCCGCCUCCGAAUCUGGGUGCAGCUCAAAGCGCUCGGUGUCUUGGCUUUCUGGAUUGGAGCCGAUGGCUGGAAGGGACGUACUGUCGAGGAUGAUCUGAUGGUACUGCUGUACGGCAAGCCACUGGCCAAAGGAUGCGUCGGUGUCAAAGAAGCAGAUGGCAGUGCGGUGCUUGAAGUGGACAUCGCUAAGGCUUGGGAGGAGAGUGGCGAGACACCUGGAUGGGGUGAUGAGGUUAGUCUGGAGGUAUUCAUUCGGUGA